AUGGCUAUAGCUUCAGCAGCGCCAUUAAUGGCAAUGAACGGAGCUCUAAAAAUGGCGACAAAUUCACAAUCAUACUUGGAAGUUCAGGAUAACUCAAUUCCUAAACCUCAACAACUUAUCGUCAUCUCCCCUUCUGUUUCCUGUGUUACCCUACCAAAUCUUGAACUUUGCUUUCUGUUAUCUUCUUUGAGUUCUGUGUGUAUUUUGGGUUGUUUGAUCAGGGGUGCAGAAGGAAAGGAUGGUGGAAGAGGCUAUGUACAAUUGAAUCAUCGCUAUCAUGAUGCCACAGUUAAACUUAAUCAAUUCGGACUGGACUGGAUAACAACAACUCAUGGUCCUAUUCAUAACUGCAAUGGUGCUUUAGACAGCACUCGAAAUGUCAAGAUGUCUGCAAAAGCAGGUGUUCUUGCUUCAAAUGGUGACAUUGAGCCAUUAAGGCGCUGCAUCGUUUUGGAUAUUGAAGGAACCACAACGCCCAUAUCAUUUGUUACAGACGUUCUUUUUCCUUAUGCUCGUGAUAAUGUGGGGAGGCAUUUGGAUGCAACAUAUGAUUCUGAAGAAACCCAGGAGGAUAUUAAGCUACUAAGAGCCCAAGUACAAGAAGACUUGGAAAAUGGUGUUGCCGGUGCUGUGCCUAUCCCCUCUAAUGAUGCUGGGAAGGAGAAGGUAAUUGCGGCUUUGGUAAAAAAUGUUGAGGCAAUGAUUAAAGCUGACCGAAAAAUUACUGCCUUAAAGGAGUUACAGGGGCAUAUAUGGCAAACGGGGUUUAAAAAUAACGAGUUAGAGGGAGUUGUUUUUGAUGAUGUGCCCGAAGCUCUUGAGAGAUGGGCUGCUUCAGGCAUCAAGGUGUACAUAUACUCAAGUGGCAGCAGAUUGGCACAAAGGCUUUUGUUUGGUUACACAAACUAUGGGGACCUGAGAAAAUAUCUCUGUGGAUUUUUCGAUACAACAGUAGGGAAUAAGAAAGAAACAAAAAGUUACCAUGAAAUUACAGCAUCCUUGGGGGUAGAUCACCCAUCCGAGAUUUUGUUCGUGACUGACGUCUAUCAAGAAGCUAUAGCUGCAAAGCCAGCAGGUUUGGAAGUGAUAAUAUCUGUCAGGCCAGGGAAUGGACCUCUUCCAGAUAAUCAUGGAUUUAGGACAGUCAAGUCCUUUUCAGAGAUCUAAAGAUGGACUAUGUUGCUCAGCCCCCCCCCCCCCCC